AUGGUCAGCUUGAAGCUUCAGAAGAGACUUGCUGCCGCCGUCCUUAAGUGCGGUAAGCGUAAGGUGUGGAUGGAUCCCAGCGAGGUGAGCAACAUUGCUGUUGCCAACUCUCGCCAGAGCGUUCGCUCCAUGAUCAAGAACGGAAUGAUCGUGAAGAAGCACAACCUGAUGCACUCUCGUGCUCGUGUGAACAUUCGUCACGAGGCCAAGGCCCGCGGCAACCACACUGGUUACGGUAAGCGUCACGGAACCAUGAACGCCCGUAUUCCCGAGAAGCUGCUCUGGAUGCGUCGUAUUCGUGUGCUCCGUAGACUGCUGCGCAAGUACCGUGAUGCCGGCAAGAUCGACAAGCACAUGUACGCUCACUUCUACGCUCUGGCCAAGGGUAACCGUUACAAGACCAAGCGUGUGCUGAUUGAGCAGAUCCACCGUAAGAAGGGUGAGGAUAAGAAGGAGAAGCAGCUUGCUGAGCAGGCUACUGCCCUUCUUAACCAGAAGAGAGCCGCUAUGGAGGCUUCUGCCUAAGUCGUCUAGUGUAUGGAUGAUCUACCACUUGAUGUUUGUUCGAACAAACAGGGCUA